AUGGGGAAUAAGCACUCCAGGAGAAGCAACGUGCACUAUCCUCGACGGGACAGCGCGCCGGACGGUCGGAUGCGCAGGUCGCUCUGGCUGCAGCGAGGGCGACUCUCAGCCCCUUGCGAGCGAGCCUUCGACGUCCCCAAACGUGGACAGCCAUCGCUGGCUCCAGCAUCACUACCAAAGUCUACCCAUCGCACUACAGCAGACUCCAGGUCACUCCUACACAUCCGAGUCACGAACUUGCGCCAGCACGAGAAGCUGAGCUUCCCCUUGGUCUCACUUGAAGGGCACGUCGACAACCUCGAGACGACAAAACUCCCGGACAGCGCAUUGUAUAUCCAAACUGUAGCACACGCUGCGGACCAGAGCGACAACAACGCGUGGGUGGGGAGUGUCUGCUGGCCGGUGGUCCGUGAGUCGGGCCACUUCAAGGCGUAUGUGCAUCUCGCUCACCCCGGGGUCUUCUACAUCCGCCUCCGAAUCGGUUCGGCAACUCACCAGCUAACGGUUCGGUUCGCACCAAGGAGAACCAAGUGGGUGGUGCGCUUCCACUACCAGAAACCCCGCGACAGCUACCAAGGCUUCGACGCGCCAACCGGAGUCGACAAUUCCGACAGUGACGCCUGUCAGAGACUGAAGUUCAACGCGCUGGUGCUUCAGACCACUGUGGCCGAGCUGUUCCAUCGUGCGGGCUUCUCUCGAAAAACUUUCGCGGUGGAGCUCGACCGCGACGGCUUUCCAGUCGUCGACGUCCUGCGCUCCAAACACUCGAUCAAACAAGCUCGGCAAAUGACGGACUCGCAGCUAUUGGCGCAGCUGAACGAAGACGUUAAGCGUUCGGAAGAGCUCAAGGAGGAGUUGGGGACCGAUAAAUCAUCUCAACUGUACCGGAUAAAGCACGUCGUGCUUCUUGGAGGCUCACACUUCGAUCCAAGGACACACCGAUUAACUGACUACCGGGCGCUUGUGGGUGGGAAUGUGGUCGCUACCAGUAGCUGCGGCCUGUUCACGUGGCCUCGGGGACUGAACGAGCUUACGUCCUGCUGCUUCAACAGUGGUUCGGUCGCGCCAGAGUUUGUCAUGGAUCAGCGCUCCGUGCAUCAGAGUUACUGGGCCAACUACAGUGGGGGGAUCAGCGUCUUGCUGCAUCUAAUGGGCUUGUGCUUCGGGCUCAAAUACCGCCCUGAUGGCGUAAUGCACAGGAGGUUUCGACAAGCGACACGCUUGCUCACCGUAAUGGAGCCUCGAUCAGGGAAUCAGCAGGGCGUGGCAAUAGGUCAACCCAUUGGAGACGGUAGAUUCGACAAGCUCCAGCGUCAAGCGUUCAGGCCUGUUGGAGCUGCUACCGAGGAGAUUUAUCUGGACGAGUUAUCCAUCGGAAUGCUAGCUAUUCAGUGCCGGUGGAUUAAUCCCAACUCCAUGAGGAAUGUAGCAAAGGAGACCCCCGCUAGUGCGGCUUGA